GAGUAAGGCGAUAAGCCAGGCUCAUUUCUCCGCAGUCGGGUAGCUCCGGUCAGAUAGGGUGCAUGCCGGAUGGUGAGUGUACGAGCCAAUCAAUUCCUCACGCUGGAGUGACAUACAUCAGAAAAUACUCAUGCGGCGGGGCAAUUUGGAUCAAGUCAGCCGGGGAAGCAGUAUCUUGGUGAGAUAUGUGGCAAUCGGUUGCGCCGCUCCGAUCCUCCCCAGGUACGCGUCUUCAGAUCGAGUUCCGUUGUUGCCAAGUUCGACAUGACCCUUUUUGCUCAGAAGGAGGCGACCGCUAAAACCUCUGGACCGCAGUACUCGGAAUCUGCAACAGGUCUAGGGCAAAUUUCCGAUUCAAGUUGGAGGAAUGAGCUGUCGUAUCUAAAGUGGUAUUUCACGACUAAGGAAGGUUGGUUCGGGGACUAUGACUACCUCUAUCUCAUUACGCCUAACUUAUGGCCGUUGAAUAAGAAGUAUAAGGGCUAUAAGGCGCCUUUCUACGGACUGAACGACGAGGUGCCCGUCCUGCUAACCGUCGUUCUCGGGUUACAGCAUGCGCUAUGCAUGAUUGGCUCCGUCGUGUCGCCGCCAUUGGCCAUCGCAGGUGGUGCCUUCUACUUCGACUCGGCAACGACGCAAUAUUUGGUGUCAGCCGCAUUCAUCACCACCGGCAUCGCAACAGCCUUGCAGGUAACGCGAGUCCACAUCACCAAAACGCCCUUCUAUAUCGGCACCGGGCUACUGUCUGUCGUCGGUCCAACGUUUGAUAUCUUACCCAUCGCCUUCAAGUACACAGCCAUGCGUUAUGCAAACGGAACGUGCCCGACCGCCGAGGAUGGCACGCAGCUCCCUUGCCCAGAGGCCUGGGGCGCCAUCCUUGGCUCAAUCCUCUGCACUGUCUGGGUGCAGAUUCUUAUGAGCUUUGUGCCAUCCAAAAUACUUAACAAGAUGUUUCCAAAGGUGGUGACAGGAAGUUUGCUGUUGUUGGUUGGUGUCUACUUGGUCGGAAAUGGGAUGAACAAUUGGGGCGGCAGUAGUAAUUGCCAUGGCGGCGUGGGCUACUAUACUCUCUGCCCCGAUAUCUCCGCUCCACGGCCGCUGCCUUGGGGCGAUCCAAAACUUAUCGGUCUCGGUUUCACGGUCUUCGUUACGAUUGUAUUCGUGGAACAGUUCGGUGCACCACUAAUGAAAUCGGCUUCUAUCAUUAUCGGACUUCUCGUUGGCUGUCUUGUGUCUGCACUCACGGGAUUCUGGUCCAUGAGCAACGUCAACGCUGCGCCAGCUGCGACGUUUCUGUGGAUACAUACGUUUCCUCUAUCUGUAGAUGGCGCCUUGAUACUUCCCCUGAUUAUCAUGUUCAUCUGUGAGGCUGUAUCGUGCAUGCCUGAUAUCCUCGCCACAGCAGAGAUCAGCAAUGUUGACAUCGAAGGUAGAGAGUUUAACGCAAGGGUCCAGGGAGGAAUUCUGUGUGAUGGACUAGGCAGCCUGAUUAGUGCGCUGGGAACCGGUUCGCCCAUGGUGAGUCAAGCGGGGAACAACGGCGUCAUCGUCAUAACAGGUUGUGCCUCACGACGUGCCGGCUGGUGCGCCUCUGUAUUCCUGGUAUUGAUGGGUGUCUUCGGCAAGUUUGGGGCAGUCUUCGGAGCGAUGCCACCAUCGGUGCUGGGCGGCAUGCAAGUAUUCCUCUACAGCACGAUUGCAGUAGCGGGCCUGCGGGUGCUAGGGCUAGUUCGAUACACUCGGCGUAACCGAUUCAUCCUGACUGUUGCGUUAGGGAUCGGAUUUUUGGACGUCACUCAACCGGAUUGGUGGGAUAGCAUGUUGACAUAUUCAGGGUCUAAUGUCGCUCUGUCUGGUUUCGAGCAAGGUCUCAAUCUGAUGAUACAGACGCCGUUUAUCAUUGCUGCGGUGCUCGGUGUUCUCCUCAAUCUAGCCUUACCGGAAGAUGCUAGUCAGAUGGAUGAUAUGCUAGGAGACCAAGAUGGGCGGGUCUUGCUUCACAAAGAGCAUUGAAGGUAUUGUUUACAGGUGUUGGACUAGAGGAGCAUUAUAAUAGGUCAUGAAAGCAUCAUCAAGAACUUUUGGUGAAAAAGAGAUAGCGAUAUUCAUAAUAUCGUAACUGGUGGACCGAUCUGCUGCCUAUCGAAAUCUUAAUGGAGUCAUAAGCGUAAUGCUAGUUAGCUAGCUGGACUAAGAAGCAG